GCAACUGUUAAAAUAUGGCAUCAAAAUCAUCCAAGGCUCUGGAUUCACAGCACAAUAAGUCUCAGAAGGCCCCAACUGUGACAUUUGGCCGGAGAACUUCAUCAGGACGAUUUAUUAGCUACUCGAGAGAUGACCUUGACAGUGAACUUGGGAGCACUGAUUAUAUGAACUAUACAGUGCACAUGCCACCAACGCCUGACAACCAGCCAAUGGAUUCGAUCUCCCAGAAGGUGGAGGAGCAGUAUGUGUCAAGCUCACUUUUUACAGGUGGAUUCAAUAGUGUUACGCGAGCUCAUCUCAUGGACAAGGUGAUUGAAUCAGAAGCAAAUCAUCCUCAAAUGGCUGGUGCAAAAGGAUCUUUGUGCCAAGUUCCUGGGUGUGAUGGGAAGGUGAUGAGUGAUGAAAGGGGUGUGGAUAUUCUCCCUUGUGAAUGUGAUUUCAAGAUAUGCAGGGAUUGUUAUUUGGAUGCAGUUAAAACUGGAGAUUCCAUUUGCCUAGGGUGUAAGGAACAAUAUAAGACCAUGGAUCUGGAUGAAGUGGAAAAUGGGCGGCCACUUCCACUUCCACUUCCUCCACUGGCUGGAAUGUCAAAAAUGGAGAGGAGGUUGUCAUUGAUGAAAUCAACAAAGUCAACACUGAUGAGAAACCAGACUGGAAGUUUUAAUCACAAUCGGUCAGCAAUGAUGAGGAGCCAGACUGGUGUAGAUUUUGAUCACAAUCGGUGGCUGUUCGAAACUAGGGGCACCUAUGGGUACGGCAAUGCAAUAUGGCCAAAGGAAGGAGAAGGGUUUGGGAAUGGAAAAGAUGAUCAGGUAGUCGACCCUUCAGAGUUAAUGAACAAACCAUGGAGGCCGCUCACACGCAAAUUAAAGAUACGAGCUGCUGUUAUCAGCCCAUAUAGGCUUCUGAUUGUAAUUCGGAUGGUUGUUCUUGGGUUGUUCUUGGAAUGGAGGAUCAAGCACCCAAACAAAGAUGCUAUCUGGCUUUGGGGAAUGUCUGUGGUUUGUGAAAUAUGGUUUGCAUUCUCUUGGGUUCUUGACCAAUUGCCCAAGCUCUGCCCUAUCAAUCGUUGUACAGAUCUUAACGUCUUGAAGGACAAGUUUGAAACACCUAGCCCUAACAAUCCCACUGGAAAAUCUGAUCUCCCUGGGAUAGAUAUCUUUGUCUCUACUGCAGAUCCAGAGAAAGAACCCCCUCUUGUCACUGCAAAUACAAUAUUGUCUAUUCUAGCGGCUGAUUAUCCUGUCGAAAAGCUUUCUUGCUACGUUUCUGAUGAUGGAGGUGCCCUUCUAACCUUUGAGGCCAUGGCUGAGGCUGCAAGCUUUGCUAACAUGUGGGUCCCAUUUUGCCGUAAACAUGACAUUGAGCCCAGAAACCCAGAAUCUUACUUCAAUUUAAAGAGGGAUCCUUACAAGAACAAGAUGCGGACAGACUUUGUCAAGGAUCGUAGACGGGUAAAGCGUGAGUAUGAUGAGUUUAAGGUCCGCAUUAAUGGCCUCCCAGAAUCUAUCCGCCGUCGUUCUGAUGCCUAUCAUGCUCGGGAGGAAAUAAAGGCCAUGAAACAACAAAGACAGAACACCGAUGAUGAAGCUGUGGAGAGUGUGAAGAUCCCAAAAGCUACAUGGAUGGCCGAUGGAACCCAUUGGCCUGGGACUUGGACAACUGCUGCACAGGAGCACUCUAAGGGUGAUCAUGCUGGAAUAAUACAGGUGAUGUUGAAACCUCCAAGUGAUGAACCAUUACAGGGCACAGCUGAUGAUCCUGGGCUAAUUGACUUGACUGAUGUUGAUAUCCGUCUCCCCCUGCUUGUUUAUGUUUCCCGUGAGAAGCGUCCUGGCUAUGAUCAUAACAAGAAAGCAGGAGCCAUGAAUGCCUUGGUUCGAGCCUCCGCAAUCAUGUCUAAUGGCCCCUUUAUCCUCAACCUUGAUUGUGACCACUACAUCUACAAUUCUCAGGCUAUGAAGGAAGGCAUGUGUUUCAUGAUGGAUAGAGGUGGGGACCGGCUCUGCUAUGUUCAGUUUCCUCAGAGAUUUGAGGGUAUCGAUCCUUCUGAUCGCUAUGCCAAUCACAACACUGUUUUCUUUGAUGGCAACAUGCGGGCUCUUGAUGGUCUUCAGGGUCCAGUUUAUGUUGGAACUGGAUGCCUCUUUCGACGGAUUGCCCUUUAUGGAUUUGACCCACCUCGAUCAAAAGACAACCACCCUAGUUGCUGCAGCUGCUGCUUUCCCCGUCGUAAAACGCACGCCACUGCUAACACCCCAGAAGAGAAUCGGGCCCUGAGAAUGGGUGAUUCUGACGAUGAUGAUAUGAACCUCUCUCUGACUCCAAAGAAGUUUGGAAACUCUACUUUCCUCAUUGAGUCAAUUCCAAUUGCAGAGUUCCAAGGUCGUCCCCUCGCAGAUCAUCCGGCUGUGAAGAACGGUCGGCCACCUGGUGCUCUCACCAUUCCCCGAGAGCUUCUUGAUGCAUCAACUGUCGCGGAGGCAGUAAGUGUCAUCUCCUGCUGGUACGAGGAUAAGACUGAGUGGGGACUGCGUGUUGGGUGGAUUUAUGGGUCUGUUACUGAAGAUGUGGUAACAGGGUAUAGGAUGCACAACAGGGGAUGGAAAUCUGUUUACUGUGUGACCAAGAGGGAUGCCUUUCGUGGGACUGCCCCAAUCAAUCUCACAGAUAGGCUCCAUCAGGUCCUUCGUUGGGCUACUGGUUCAGUUGAGAUAUUCUUCUCCCGCAACAAUGCCCUAUUAGCAAGCUCAAGAAUGAAGUUCUUGCAGAGGAUUGCAUACCUCAAUGUUGGCAUCUAUCCUUUUACCUCGAUCUUCCUAAUUGUCUACUGCUUUCUCCCUGCACUUUCCCUCUUCUCUGGCCAGUUUAUUGUCCAAACUCUCAAUGUCACUUUCCUUGCCUACCUUCUAACCAUUACUAUUACUAUCUGUUUGCUUGCUGUGCUUGAGAUCAAGUGGUCGGGUAUCGAAUUAGAGGAGUGGUGGAGGAAUGAGCAGUUUUGGUUGAUUGGAGGCACUAGUGCCCACCUUGCUGCCGUGCUUCAGGGGCUUCUAAAAGUUAUUGCUGGGAUUGAAAUCUCUUUCACACUGACUUCAAAAUCAGCAGGUGAUGACGAGGAUGAUGAGUUUGCAGAUCUCUAUCUUGUCAAAUGGACAUCCCUCAUGAUUCCGCCAAUCACCAUUAUGAUGGUUAACUUGAUUGCAAUAGCAGUUGGGUUUAGCCGGACAAUAUACAGUGCUAUACCACAGUGGAGUCGUCUGAUAGGUGGAGUUUUCUUCAGUUUUUGGGUUUUAGCACAUCUCUACCCCUUUGCCAAAGGGCUGAUGGGAAGAAGAGGCAGGACCCCCACCAUUGUUUUUGUAUGGUCUGGACUUAUUGCAAUCACCAUUUCCCUUCUUUGGGUGGCAAUCAAUCCCCCGGCAGGCGCUGACCAAAUCGGAGGCUCGUUCCAGUUUCCCUGACGAGUCAUUGGCAAUGAAUCCACCCGAAGGCACUGACCAAAUCAGAGGCUCAUUCCAGUUUCCCUGAUGAGUCAUUCUUUUUUCUCUCAAAGUGGAUCUGAUAAGCAACAUUUAUUCAUUAAAUUCUUUUCUCAACAAGUCAUUAUGCUAACGAAAGAAUUUGGUAUGCCUUCUACCCAUUUGUUGCAGUUCUUUACUCAAAUCAGUAAGGCUGAAUCCUUACCAUUUUUGGGUUAUUGGCAUGAAUCUUGUUUCACUAUUUAAGUGUAAUUUUAUGAACAUUUUAGCAAUAUGAGAUUAUAAGGCUUAGGAAA